UCUAGGUGAAUACUAAUCCUAGACUUCCUGCCUUCCUGCCUUCCCAAGCACAUGCAAGCAAAAGUACUUGUAGGCCAGCAUCAGGUCAGAUUCACAAGCCAAUAAUCUCAUUGUCCUUUCUCCUCUCAAUCCCUCUCCUUCACCAUACGGCCGUAUAAACAGCUUCCCUCGGCAGUCGCUCUUACCAUAUAGUACCACUCCCAACCUCUCGAGAAACAACUAUCCUCCAUCCCUCUACUCCAUACCUCACCCCCCGCCGCCUACAAACCAUGCCCGUCCCCCGCGAAGAAUACCUCUCCGACGUCUGGCGCGACGGAAUCUUCAAAAACAAAGUCCUCUUCUGCACCGGCGGAGCCGGCAGCAUCUGCUCAAUCCAAGUCCGCGCCUUCGUCGCCCUCGGCGGAAACGCCUACAUCAUCGGCCGCAAUGUCGAAAAAACCGUCUCCAUGGCCCGCGACCUCGAAACCGCUCGUCCAGGCUCCCGCGUCAUCGGCCAAGGCAACGUCGACGUCCGCAACGCCGUCGCAUUAAAAGCAGCAGCUGACACCUGCGCAAAAGAGCUCGGAGGCAUAGACUUCGCAAUCGCAGGCGCAGCAGGAAACUUUCUGGCUCCGAUGAGUCAAUUGAGUCCGAAUGCUUUCCGGACAGUUAUGGAAAUUGAUACACUUGGGUCGUAUCAUACUGCGAAAGCUGUGCUGCCGUAUCUAGUGGAAUCGGCGAAGAAGUAUCCUAAUACGGGCAAAGCGACGGGGAAAGUGGGAGGGACGGGUGGGAGAAUGGUGUUUAUUUCUGCGACGUUUCAUUUUAAGGGGUUUCCGUUGCAGGCGCAUGCUAUGGCGGCGAAGGCGGCUGUGGAUCAGAUUUCACAUAGUGUUUCGAUUGAGUAUGGGCCUUAUGGGAUUACGAGUAAUGUGAUUACGCCGGGUCCGAUUCGGGGGACGGAGGGGAUGACGAGGCUUUCGAGAUCGGAUCCGGAGAGUGCGAAGAAGAGUGCGAAGAGUAUUCCUGUUGGGAGAUGGGGAGAGGUGAAGGAGAUUGCGGAUGCUACGGUGUAUUUGUUCUCUGAGGCGGGCAGCUACGUCAAUGGCAAUAUUUUGGUCGUUGAUGGUGGGCAGUGGAGAGUGAGCGGGGCAACAGAGGGAAAAGGAUUCGAGUAUCCUGACUUUCUGCUCAGUGGAGCACCGGUGGAGGGAGUGAAGUCGGGCAGGAAGUCAAAGAUGUGAUGUACUGCUAUGCAUGCGGCUGAUGAUUUAUUCAUGUACGAAAGUUAGCGAUAAACACGCCCAGCGGCGUGACUCUUAUGUGUACCCUCCCUUGUCAUCUCUCUCCUUCAUAAUGUAAGAUUUCUCAACUAUCAUACUCCAGCAGCGGAUAAUCAUGCUGCUUCUGGAAUGCUCUCAAAAGAUCCUUCGCAGGAAAAGCUUCCGCCGUGUCCAGUUCAUGUCUAAUGACCUGCGUGCACAACUCCUGCGUAUCGAUUUCCAGAUUGUGCCCUUGCCACGUACUCGUCUGCCUCAGCGUCAAGAUCAAUC